AUGGUGGAGAUCCACAUGGAUGCAGGUCUGCAGGGAACACUUGAGGCGCGGGCAACAGACAGCCUGCCUGCUCUGAGCUACACACCUGACGUGUACAAACCUCCGGCUCACCGUGCCGACCCUUGGGCCCCACCCAGUCACCCAGCCGCUAGGCUGCUUCCCAGCGGGAACCCGGACCCCCUUGGUGUUGGGACCCCCUACGGCAUUACAGAUAUCUUGAGCAAACCAGCGAGUGUGGGGGCAUCAGGCAGGACUGGUUUUGUUCCCGGGAUAUCCCAGCUCAGCAGUUUCGGCACGGAGGCAGGACCUGGGAUAUAUUACAACAUGCCGUUUGCCUGUGUAAGGCCCCCAGACCCAACCCGUUACUGCCCGUCCCCUGAGCCGUGCUGGAGAGCAGGCAGGCACCCAUCUAACGCAACACAGAAGAGCUCCUUGGUGGACGUUGACACCAAGAGGAAGCACACCAGGCCCACCUUCUCUGGCCACCAGAUCUUCGCCCUGGAGAAGACCUUUGAACAAACAAAAUACCUGGCUGGACCUGAGAGGGCUUGCCUCGCUCACUCACUGGGGAUGACCGAGUCCCAGGUCAAGGUCUGGUUCCAGAACAGGAGAACGAAGUGGAGGAAGAAAGCUUCGAGUGAGAGUCCAGUGGCCAUGCCCAGUCCCGGUAAGGUCAGCGGGCGAGACGAGGAGGACGAGGAAUACAACAAACCCCUGGAUCCCGAUUCAGACAACGAGAAACUGAGACUGUUACUGAGGAAGCACGGACCAGCGUUUUCAAAGCUGAGGUUGGGCACACACACGGCCUGA